AAUGUCCACAGGGUCUCUCAUUCUCUGCCUGGUGAUGGAACUCAGCUGGCUUUAUCUGACACCAGCUGCAUCGGAGGUUGUGGUGAUGGGGUUUUUGGGUCAGUCGGUGACUUUGCCUUGUGUCUACUCAUCCUGGUCUCCAAGCAGCAAUAGCAUGUGCUGGGGCAAAGGCCCGUGUCCCAACUCCAGGUGCAAGCAGGUGCUGCUCCACACGGAUGGCAUGGCAGUGACCUCGGGGAAGUCGGCAAAAUAUGGACUUCAAGGCAAUAUCCAGCGAGGUGAUGUCUCCUUGACCAUCUCAAACACCAAUGACGGUGACAGGGGCGUGUAUUGCUGCCGAAUAGAAGUGCCUGGCUGGUUCAACGAUGUGAAGAAGAGCAUUCGUCUGGUGCUGAGGAGAGCCCCAACAACCACAGUCAAAACAACAACAACCUCUUGCACAACCACCAGCCGUCAUGUGGCGACAACCACAGAGGUCCUCCCAACAACUGUCACGACUACACCUGACCUCACAACAGGAACACCGCUUCAGACAGGGGCCACCUCUGUCCGCACAACAGUGGGAACCGUGUACCCCUUGACAGCACCGAGUGCCCCUCCACAGGCAACCACAGGUCUUCUCACCACUGAGACCACCACAGAAGGGUCCGACCUCCCUGCAGAAUCAGAAACUUUUUUUCUGUCCACUGACUUUCAGAGAAGCACUGAUGAAACUUCUACAGACACUGCUUUGCUCUCAUCCAAAGCGUCCAAAGUUUGGAUUCUCCCAUUUACGUCCCCAGGGGUGAUGUGGAAAGUGAAUAAGACAGUGACUUCUCAGCCUCGAGCAUCUGAGGUGCAAAUGGCUGGACACAGUAGUGGUGUGUUAAAUCAGACCACUGUCCACCUGAUCGUUGCUUCUUGCUUGGGAUUUGUGUUGUUCUUGGCCUUGCUCCUGGCGUUUUUCCUGCGAGGGAAAGUCAUGAAAACCAAUUGUUUGCAGAAACACAAGAGGCUGGACGACACAGGAGAAAGCAAAACCGUCCUCAGUGAUAUGCAGCAGGGGAGGGAUGACGAAGAGGGGCUCUUCACACUCUAA